AAUGCAGUUACGCAUACAUAAUGGAGGUGGUGGACAUCCUAUACAUGGUAUCUAGUCUAUGUGAACGGAUGCGUAGUCUUGGUGGAAGAAAAUUUGAAGAAUCCAACGAGAAUAUCAAUCCAGAUCGACGUGCGCUCAACCCAAAGAUUGUCGACAAUUGCAACCCACGGAUCGCUGCUAAUGUCCAGAAAGAUGUCACGCAAGGUGUCCAGAAAGACGUCCAGAAAGGACAGAAAGCAGAGACCAGGAAAACCAAAAGGAACAGACUGGCCAAGUCUAUAAACGGUAUGAAGAACUACCCAAUACAUGGACAAGAAAUUGCGUUCAAGAAUACAAACCAAAGACACCAAGAAGGAUUCCAGAUAAAAAAGGACGAUGGUAUCGUGGUGCAAAUGAUGGUAUUCAUCAUCUUCAUUAUACUUACUUCAAUUAAACAGAGGCAUGAAGAAAGACCACCAAAAGAAUUAAACAAGAACACCGAGUUAAAUCGAACGUUAGCUGAGAUUGAUCACCCACAUAUCGCUGCUGGUAUCCUGAAAGGUGUCCGGCAAGAAAAAAAAGCAAUGGCAGUGAAGAAAAGUAGAGUUCUUGAAAAUAAGGAAAGCAAGCGGAUGAUAUGGAUCGUUCUCGCUUUACUCCUGUUACUGAUAUGCCCAUGUUAUAAAGUUACCGUGGAGACUGGCUUACCCGAAGAGCUGACAUUGAGAAAUCAAUCCUCUGCCUUGAGCAAAGCUGAAUCAAGCAGUAUUGGAAUAUAUUCUCUUCAGAAUUUGAGUUUCCCACUGGCUGGAAAAGCUGCCUUGAGCAAAGAUGAAUCUAGCAGUAUGGGAAAAUGUUCUCUUCAGAAUGAGAGUUCCGUGGAACAACAAUGUCUCUCAUUGGCUGGAAAAGCUGCCUUGAGCAAAGAUGAAUCUAGCAGUAUGGGAAAAUGUUCUCUUCAGAAUGAGAGUUCCGUGGAACAACAAUGUCUCUCAUUGGCUGGAAAAGCUGCCUUGAGCAAAGAUGAAUCAAGCAGUAUGGGAAUAUUUUCUCUUCAGAAUGAGAGUUCCGCGAUACAACAAUGUCUUCCAUUAGCUGGAAAAGCUCUUGGUGUUAUGCGAACCUGUCCUACGGAGGGAUUUAAAGGCAUGAACACCAGUUGUCAAGAAUUAAAUAAUCUUCCUAUCGUCCAUGCUACUUUACCAAAUCUGAACAAAGAAGCAGGGAAGUCACAUUUUCUCAAACACAGAAUUUCCCAGAGAAGAGGUGAAGAGAGAACAUCGAGCUUCAAAACGGAUAUGAAUUUACGUUCUCUGAAAAGAAUUGCCUUCGACGAAUUCAUCUGGAUGGUUGUUUUUGUCAUGUUGUUGAAAAUCGCCAAAACAGUCGGUGCUAAACAAAGAAAAUAUGGAUGCAUGAUCCGUACAUUUGUUAUAAUCAGUUUAAUAUUCAUUCAGAGAAGAGAAUGUACAAAAGAUGCAUGUGCAGCUUCGAUCAAUUCGGCAUCAAUAGUAAAGGAGUGUCCGAAAAAUAUAGAGAAGUGGCACGAAAGGGAACGCCUAAAAGGAUGUCAACGUAUCCACCAAAACUGUACUACUCCACAAAAGUUUAAGUACCAUUGCCUUCCCAAUGAAUGGGGAAAUGCUACAGUCGAAGUUUGUGCUAAAGUACGGAACAUUGUUUGUCAUUGUGCAGAAUACAACCAUGGUGCAGGAAUUGUGCAAAACAGUCAAAAAAGGCCAUUUCAAUUUCCACAUGAGAAUUGCAGUUAUCAGUCAAAUAAUACAUUCCUGGUUAAAGCCAAGUACUGCUACGAUUUGAAGGUGGAAGAAACUUCAACAUCUCCAAAUUUGAUAACUGCGACUACCGAUACUGGAAAUAUAAAUGAUAAUCAGACCCAUGGAGAAACGCCAAAGUGGAACCCAACAGACGACAAUUCCAACUUGAUUAUAGUCAUUUCUUCCAUUAUUGGAGCUACAUUCAUUAUGUGUGGGAUAAUCUGGAUAUGUGUUUACAAGAAGCCUGUAAGGUAG